AUGCCACCACCCCGCUGAACAUCACCAUCGCCCCGGCAGCAACACCACAUACCGCUGCUACCCGACGAAACUCACCGCUACACUCUGCACCCUAUCGAAACCACCAUUAUUCUCCAGGCGAGCACCGGCAUGGGCGGGGCACAGAGCGCGGAAUCCGCGGGCACGCCUUUUGUCCCAAACAAGAUCCUGAGCGUCAAGGACACCAUCCUGGUGGACAUGAUGAACGGGCCAGAUAACAGCAGGGUGGUUAGCUACUGCGUCACCGAUCCCGAUUUGGAGGACAACCCAAUCAUUUUCUGCAGCGACGGUUUCGCAGAGUUUACGGGCUAUGCAAAGGAGGAGGUCGAGGGAAGAAACUGCCGCUUCCUACAGGGGGCAAAGACGGAUCCGGGGGAUACCGCCAAGAUCCGAGAAGCCAUCAAGGAGAACAAGGAGGCAUGCUUGUGUCUCCUCAACUACAAGAAGGAUGGCUCCACCUUCCACAACCAGUUCUUUUUGACACCCUUGUUUGACGAAGGGGGAACGCUAGCCUAUUUCCUGGGAAUCCAAGUACAAGUGAAGACGGCGUCGGAUGGACAGGAGCCCGAGAACCCGGGCUGGGUCUACACGAUGGGGCUCCACGCAUGACGGCGUUGAUAGGAUUGGUGUGAUUUUUACCUACUAUCACCGAUGGCCGUGACCAGAGCUGUAGACCCUCUCUUCCAUCGUGUGACUUUAGGCUAGGGCGUGGGCAUGCGCGGUCGAGACUGUGAGAUGGGGUGUACGUUGCCCUCGCUAUCACCGCCCCGGCAGAUGAACGCACUUGGGCGUCCAGGCACGAGGCGUUAUUUGAGGGAGGAGGGGGGAAAAUGUUGGAGGUACCAAGCGCGACCGUGUUGGUUACCGUGUUCCGUGGCAUACAUUGCUAAACACAAGCCGGCAGGCGUGCCGGUGCGGGGUGGUGAAGGAAUGCCGGUCGCGCGAAGGAAUGAGCGUGAGCUGCACCGAUGAUGCCGAACGGAGAGCCCACAGGCUCCGCUUUAGUUCGCACUUGCGCUUGUGUGGAUGACAGCUACGAGUGAUUGCCUCGAUACUUUUUGGAGUGAUAGUCUCGAUACGGUGUUCUCUGACAUGUCCCCUGUAGGAAGAGCGUUAGGAGGCGGGGUCAACACGGGAGGAAUCUGACUUGGGGAAGGAGGAACGAUGGGGAAAGUCCUGGCCGACAUGUAAUUAGACUUGAGUCCCCGGCCAAGGGAGCAUCGGAUGCUCUCUGAAUGUUGGCUCCCUGGCUGUUGGUGUCUUGUGAUCAUAUAGUCAAGGGGUAACAGGAAGCGUGCGGCCGCACAGAGCGCCAAGUCCCAUUUCGCCAUCGAGGCUGUUGAAAUAGAAAAGAUGAUAGACUAGGCUACGUUUGUGGUUCGACGUGUGGAUUGAUGGAAUCGCGUCUCGAGCGUGUGUCGGGAGUUGGUAUGUUGUAAGACAUGAUCUGUUUUCAAGACCACGGCACGGGGUGGUGGGUGAAAGGGGAGAUCUGAGCGUGCGGAAAUACGCGCAGAGGUUGCAGUACAGUGCUUUGACCCCAUGUGCUCCAUCCCCAUGUCCGAGUCUGUCUGGUUUGGUGAACAUCAGGUCGAGUGUUCCUUGUCAAAACUGUCUGAUUUGGUGCACAUAUCGUGUGCUGUUUGGUUCAUACGUUGUGUUGGAAGAGCUCGAUUUGUCGUACCAGUAGGUCGCAUAUGAUCUAUAGAUGGUGGUGCGAACUUGCUGCCUGUUCCGUACCGUUCUACCCCAUAUCCAGUGCCGGUGGAAAUCACUGUACAACCGUAUGCUGCAGGGGUGAUGGGGUGCGCUUUUUGUGUUCUCGAGGUGCAUCAUUCUCGUUUUUUGAAGGUGCUUUCGUGCUUGAGGCAUAGAGUAGAGUAGAAGGUUUAGAAAAUUUGAUGUGUUGUGAUUUCGGAUUGCGCGACCCGACUGCGGACGGACGAUUCGCUGCUUUCUCUGCGAGUGGUUUAAUAAUCUCAAAUAACAUUUUACGGGUUUUGCUGCUGUGGGCGAGCUACAUAUUGC